GGGAGGGGAGCCAGCACCCUCUUGGGCUUCCACUCACAGUCCCUCUUCCUCUCUCAGCUCCAGCGGUUCAAGCGCUCGCUUUCCCUCAAGACCAUCCUCCGAAGCAAGAGCGUGGAGAACUUCUUCCUCCGCUCAGGCUCUGAGCUCAAGUGCCCCACCGAGGUGCUGCUGACACCGCCAACCCCGCUGCCCCCGUCCUCCCCACCAGGGGCACCCACAGACAGGGGCCUGCCCACCCCGGCACCCUCCCCCUGCCCAGCCCCACGUCCCCUGGCAUCUCUCAAACCAGUGAGGCUGCACAGCUUCCAGGAACAUGUCUUCAAGCGAGCCAACCCCUGUGAGCUGUGCCACCAGUUCAUUGUAGGAAACUCCAAGCAGGGCCUGCGGUGUAAGACAUGCAAAGUCAGUGUCCACCUCUGGUGCUCCGAGGAGAUCUCCCACCAGCAAUGCCCAGUCAAGACGUCCUCCUCCUUCCGUCGCAACUUCAGCUCCCCGCUCCUGGUGCAUGAGCCGCCACCAGCCUGUUCCACAAGCAGGGAGUCCCCACCCACUGGCGCCAGCGGGAAGCGCUCCAGCUUCAGCAGCACCUCCGAGUCCCCCACACGGAGCCUGAGCGAGCGGGAAGAGCUGACGGAGGAUGGGGAAAGCAGCAUCCGGAGCUCGGAGGAGGGCCCUGGCGACAACGUGUUCACAGCCCCGACAGAGAGCGAAGGGUCAGGACCAGAGGAGAGGAGCCCUGGACAGCAGCCCCCCAAACACCCGCCGCGGAAGGACGUGGGCCCCAUGUACUCCUAUGUUGCGCUCUACAAGUUCCUGCCCCAGGAGAACAACGACCUGGCUCUACAGCCUGGAGAUCGAAUCAUGCUGGUGGAUGACUCUAACGAGGACUGGUGGAAGGGCAAGAUUGGCGACCGGGUUGGCUUCUUCCCAGCCAAUUUUGUGCAGCGGGUGAGGCCGGGCGAGAAUGUUUGGCGCUGCUGCCAGCCCUUCUCCGGGAACAAGGAACAGGGUUACCUGAGCCUCAAGGAGAACCAGAUCUGUGUGGGCGUGGGCAGGAGCAAGGAUGCUGACGGCUUCAUCCGCGUCAGCAGCGGCAAGAAGCGGGGCCUGGUGCCAGCCGACGCCCUGACCGAGAUCUGAGAGGAGCCAAGAGAACCCAGAUGCCACCCCUGCCUGUGCCUGGCCCUCGCUUCUGGUCCCGGGAGGGGAGCAGGCAUCUGCCCACACUCUUCCUCCCGCUGCCUCUCUCCUAGCGGCCAUUCACCAUGGCUUGGGAGGCUUCUGCACUGAGGAAGGUUUCAUUUCUUGGGUCCCUCGGUGUCCUGAGAGAUGUGCUCCUCUGGGACUUGGGGAUGGGGGUGGAGGAGAGGAUGAGGGGAUGGGGAAGUUCCAGGUAGGACCACCUUGUGCCCAGGCACCCCCAGUCCAGUUGCCGUGCUGAGCCCAGCCCUGAGGGGCAUUCUGGGGGGAACGUCCCUGCCGCUUCUUCCCCGAGAGCCUCCCUGUGCCCACACCAGCUUUGCAUGACUGACACGCCCUCUCCCGCGGAGCCUCUGCUUGGGUCCAAUUGUGUGCGGCCAGCUACGCUGCCCGGUGGCCGUGAGUGCCUUCCCGGCCUCUCACCCUCCGCCCCACAGUGCUGCCCUGU